AUGGAGUUUGAGCUGACCUUGUUGUCCUUGGUCUCUGUGUUUGCAGGUGUCCAGUGUGAGGUGCAGCUGGUGGAGUUUGGAGGAGGCUUGGUACAGCCAGGGGGGUCUCUGAGACUCUCUUGUGCAGCGUCUGGUUUCACGUUCCAUAGCUAUGCCAUGAGCUGGGUCCGCCAGGCUCCAGGGAAGUGGCUGGACUGGGUCUCAGGUAUUAGUAGUGGUGGCAGCACAUACUGUGCAGACUCUGUGAAGGGCCGAUUCACCAUCUCCAGAGACAACUCCAAGAACACGCUGUAUCUGGAAAUAAACAGCCUGAGAUCUGAGGACACAGCCGUGUAUUACUGUGUGAGAGACACAGUCAGGGGCAGUCAGUGUGAGCCCAGACUCAAACCUCCUUGCAGGGAGACAGGAGGGGGGCUGCAGCAGCCCUUCAGCAUCAUUUCAUUCCUGGGCAAAGAGUCCCCCAGGCUUCAGGAGGGGGACCCCAGACAUUUUCUGGGCUUGAUGAAUCUCAUCUGCAAGAAGAUGAAUCCACUGUGGUUCUUCCUCUUUCUGGUGUCAGCUCCCAGAGGCGUCCUGUCCCAGGGGCAGCUGCAGGAGUCGGGACCCAGCCUGGUGAAGCCCUCCCAGACCCUCUCCCUCACCUGCACUGUCUCCGGAUUCUCAUUAACCAGUUAUGGUGUAGGCUGGGUCCGACAGGCUCCAGGAAAGGGGCUGGAGUGGGUUGGUGAGAUGGGUUAUAGUGGAAGCACAUAUUAUAACCCAACUCUUAAGUCCCGGCUCAGCAUCACCAGGGACACCUCCAAGAGCCAAGUCUAUUUAUCACUGAGCAGCCUGACAACUGAAGACACCGCCGUGUAUUACUGUGCGAAAGACACAGUGAGGGGAAGUCAGUGUGAGGCCAGACAAAAACCUCCCUGCACGGAGGCCCGUAACCACCAGGGGGCGAUCAGGACCCACAAAGUACAGGGCUGA